AUGUUUGCGGACCGUGUGGUGAUCCCAUCUUCCUUCCGACCCACUGUACUACGCCAAUUCCAUGCCGCUCAUCCUGGCACCAGUCCCAUGAAGUCAAUUGCUCACAGUUUUGCUUACUGGUCGGGUAUCGACGGCAAUAUCGACGACCUGGUUCGAUGCUGUUCUCGAUGUCAGCAAGCUGCCGAGUUGCCGUCUCGUCAACCGCCAGUACCCUGGAAACCACCGGAGAGGCCUUGGUCACGCGUCCACAUCGACUCCGCCAGCCCACUUAACGGAGUCUCCUACCUAAUCUUGGUUGACGCCUACUCGAAGUGGCCCGAGAUUGCUCCGCCGAAUCCAGCAACAGCAUCUGCCACUAUCGCCUUCCUACGACGCAUCUUUAACUAUCAUGGCUUACCAAAAGUCCUGGUUUCAGAUAAUGGCUCUCAGUUUACCUCGACGUUUGAGGAUUUCUGCCGCCAGCACAACAUCCAGCAUCUUCGCUCGCCGCCCUACCAUCCUCAGUCUAACGGUCAGGCGGAGCGUUUUGUCGACACGUUUAAGAGAGCCCUCUUGAAAGCUCGUGGGGAGGGGACCACGGACGAGAUAGUCCAGGCGUUCCUGUUUUCCUACAGGACAACACCGAACCCGGCGUCCCCUGGUGGCGUUUCUCCUGCCGAAGCGUUGAUGGGCCGAAAACUGCGUACAACAUUUCAUGCACUCGUCCCUACCGGUGCGCAGUCCGCGCAGACUUCUCCAGUCUCUCGCAGCAAGCUCUCCAUUGGAACACCUGUCUUCGUUCGUGAUUAUCGAGCGGGGUUCCCAGACUGA